AUGAUCAUUGCGAUCGUCCCGAACCGGCGGCUGAGGACAGUCCGGAACAUCCUAUUGGUUCAUCUUGGGGGCGUCGGCUUGAUGUCAUCCAUUUUCACCACGAUGUUUCCGGCUGUCACCACUUUUCAUGUAAGGUCUUUCUUUCUUUGUCAAAUUGUGUUGUACAGUAUAUAUUUUUUGUAUUGAAAUAGGAAUUAAUGUAAAGCAGGGGCGUCAUUCCAGUACUUUUCGGGGGAGGGGGGGGGGAAACAAAACUUGGUCGGCUUGGUAAGUUGUUUAUUACUGGAGGCGCCACAGUACGUAGCAAUUUAAAUAAAAUCUGCACAUUCAGGGGGGUGGGGGAACGCCCACCCUACCCUACACAAACGACGUCCGUGAUGUAGAGUUAUUUUUCACUUGUUUAGUUCAUUGCGUGACUUAGGAAUAUUCACUUUAGUUGUUUAUAUCUAUAUAUUAAACACAUGCGAUUGUUAUCAAAAGUUACCAAUUAUCUAUGUUUAUAUAAAUAUUACACGGUUAUUUGAAUUUUUUAACCAAAAAAAAAAAUUCUUUGGAUCGUAUGUAGGAUGUGAAGCCAAGAUCGUUCUCUCUCGACCACAUCCUACACGUGUUGCAUGAUAACUUUGACAAUCAAAAAUCGCAAAUCUUUAUAUGGAAAACAUUCUUACGACAUAUUUUACAUUUGUUCUCAAUAACGAAACGAGCUAUGCCCAGUUUACACGCUCAAUAAUACUGGGCCAAAACAUUCUUGUCCAAUCACUGAAGGAAAGUUUUUAUUAUUUGGCAUUUGUCUUAAAAAUACUCUUGACGCCACUUCUUAAAAAUCUCAUUUGUUUUGUUUUUUGUUGUUUUUUUUCUACAGGGCAAGUGGGUCGGCGGGAAGACCAUGUGCCAGACGUACGCUUACGUGACCUGUGUCUUCACCAGCGUGUCCGUCUGGACCAUAGCGGCGCUGAGCUGGGACAAAUACCAGACCAUCGCCUCGCCCCUCCACCAUUCGCUGACCGCCACCAUCAGGAAGAUGCUCCCUUGCUUCGGCGUCUUCUGGGGCUGCGGUCUCAUCCUGUCCCUGCCCCCGCUGUUCGGCGCCAACGAGUACUCCCUGCACAGGACGAUGGGCAUCUGCGGGGUCAACUUCUCCAGCACGGCGGGCCGGUGGUACACCUGCGUGCUGGUGUGCCUCUCCUUCAUCUUCCCGUUCUGCCUGAUGAUCUACUGCUACGCGCACAUCUUCCGCAUCGCCCGCACCCAGAGC